GUUAUUAACGAUACAACUGUCACAACAUCAAAACUCUUACCAAGAACAGACCUGUAUUAAACCAUGUCAUAGGUAUAGCUAGUGUAUCAAAUUGCAAAAAGUUUUCAGUCAUCAGGAAGUGGAGAAUAAAUUUUAAUAUUAAAAUGGGCGAGGAAAUAAUAGAUUUACCAAUAGUGAAGCCUAAAUUGAUUCCUGGAUAUCUUCAGUUUGCCAUUGGAGGGACUUCUGGAAUGAUGGCGACAUGCAUAGUCCAGCCCAUGGACCUCACAAAGACAAGGAUGCAGCUGCUAGGUCCAUCCGCCCGCACUAGCGUGGUAGCUGUGGUCAAAGGCAUCGUAAAGACUGAAGGGGCUCGAGGCUUGUACCAGGGUCUGUCUGCAGCGCUGUUCCGACAAGCCACCUACACUACUGCCAGACUUGGCAUCUUCAACUUCUCUUUCGAUAAGUAUAAGGAGGCCUACGGAGUCCCUACAUUCGCCGGCAAGCUCCUCCUAGGCACGCUGGCGGGUGGGGUGGGCGCGUUCGUGGGCACCCCGGCCGAGGUGUGUCUGAUCAGGAUGACGGCUGAUGGUAGACUGCCCGCGGAGCAGCGCAGGAAUUAUAGGAACGUGUUCAAUGCGCUGGGCAGGAUAACCCGAGAAGAAGGCGUGCGCACUCUCUGGCGCGGUACGGGGGCGACGGUUUCUCGGGCGAUGGUCGUCAAUGCCGCGCAGCUCGGCACUUACUCGCAGGCGCGUCAGAUGCUCCUGUCCUACCUCGGUGAGGGUAUCUUACUCCACUUCAGCGCGUCCAUGGUGGCCGGGCUGGUCACCGUGGCCGCCUCGCAGCCGCUCGACGUCGUCAAGACACGAGUUCAAAACGCAUCGGACGGUGCAAGUCAAGUGAAAGUAUUCAUGGAUGUGGUGAAGAAAGAGGGGGUCCCGGCACUCUGGAAGGGAUUCCUGCCCACCUACUUCAAGAUUGGCCCCCACACCGUGUUGACAUUCAUAUUCUUAGAACAACUGAACGCACAGUAUUUUAAAUAUGGAAGCUAAUGAUUAAGAAUAACUGCCGACCUAAAAUUCACCUUGUGGUGCCCCAUACAGGUUUUUAAAUUUCUUUUUUUUUACUUAAUCAUAAUAAGAGUUUUUAUUAAAUAACUAUAGGAACUUUAUGGUGUCAUCUCAGUAAGAGUGAAAGUUUGUAAUAACAAAAACUGAAUGUUAUGAUUCCUUAAACUUUAUUUAAUUUAAAUUAAAAUGCUAACACACAGCCAAAACAAUAAAAUUAUUGCUCACUUAUACAUAAUGGUGAUUAAACAUGCCAUUAUUUAAUUGGAUCUGAUAUUAAAAACACAUUUUUAUUGUAUAAAGAAGGUACCUACAUAUCGUAGCGAUAGCCAAUCAUGCUUAAUAAAAUCGACUAUACUUUUGUAAA